AUGAUUUAAAGAUUGAGUUAUGCGGAUAUUCGAUCUCCCCCUAUAAAUUAAAACAAUUUUAAAUUGGCAGUUAAACCUUUAAGGCCUUCUAAAUUUUUAAAUGACUUUGACAGUGCUCCAAAAAAUUUUAUAAAAGAAAAGGAAGUUUAAGAAAUUUUUGACUAUGCAUUCCCAAAAAGCUCAAGAAGAAGGGUUGCUUUAGGAAAUGAUAAAGUUUAACAAAAAUUCUAAUUAGCACUACCUACUGUUUAAAAUUUAUCGAUCCAUAGCAUGAAUCAACUUUCUCAGAGAGAUGUUAUUGCUGAUUUGAAGAAGUCUGAAGUUUUACAAUCUGACAAACAAAUUGAAAACGAAUUAGAAAGCAUUAAUAGAAAAAUCAAAAAGAUAAUCAAUAGCAACAAAAGAUAAGUAACAUUUAAAUCAUCUUUAAUUGUGAUUGAUGAUUAAAAUAACAUUGCUCAAGUGAAGGACCCCUAUAUCUCAAAGGAGGGUUAACUUAGAAGAAAAACGAUUGUAAGACAUAAGACAUUAGAAGUGUGA